AUGUGUCUGAUCAUUCUCAUUUUCCUUGAGUUCACCCAAAUCCUUUGCCAAUAUCCCUAUCAAAUCGCAAAUAGCCUGAUCUUCAAGCGAUAUUUAUCAAUCAGUGAUGAAUUCGAAUUGAAUCGAUGGAUCUCUUCAAUGUUCUACUUCCGAGAUUGCGUGGGAAAUGAGUACGAUUUGCGAGCCACUGAUUUUAUCGAUGAGAGAAUCGCGCAGAGAAGAGCUUUUGAGAAAAAUCCCAAGUUGUUGAAUGUUCUUAAUGCAAGUUUUGUUGGGGAGGAUGUGACGAGUCUGAACUUUAUUCUUGAAGAUCAUAGUUCUACUAGGAAGAUCUCUGAAUUCCACGCGAGAUUUUCUAAAUACGAUGUUCUGAAGAAGGAAGCUUAUUCGCCCGAACAAGGUUGGAGAAUUGAUUACGAACAUGAGCAAUGUUGA